AUGAAAGUAAGGUUAUGUAAAAUGUCAAAGUGUAUUGUUAUGAAAAUUAAAAAAAUUCUCUUCUUAGAACAUUAAAAGACUUUCAAUGUUUUAAUCUUUAUGAUAGUUUUAAUUUUAAACUUUUCAUUGUAUUAACAUUAAGACCAUAUAGAUAUAACGAUAAACGUCACAUAAGACAAACAUAACCUCACAUUAUGAACCUGUUUCGACUGUUUGGCCCCACAAAAACACUAAUAAAACAAACCCCAACUAGGGCCAUUUGCACCACAAAUAAACUGAAUCUGUUCCAUGAAAAAGAUGAUCGAGGGGGCUACCCGACUAGACCGUUGCCCCCCUUUAACGAAAGAAUGAGCCUGGGCUGGUCGGAGCUUAAGAAAGAAGUAAAAAUAUGGUGUGGCGAAGUAAAAGAACUUUUGGAUGGUGAUCCAAUACGGGCUUGGCGCCCAGGAGAGACUGAUAUAGCAUGGCGUUUUAAAUCCGAGGAUUCUUUAGACAAAUGGAUUGUUACGAGCGACUCUGACCAUAACGAAGGUUCCAGCCAUUGCACCUUAGAAAGAAACAUGUAUGGAAACGCGGUGUUUAGUGGACAUAUUAGUUUGCAAGUGCCUAAAGAUGGUCAAGUGAAGCGGGCCGGUUAUUGUAAUAUUAAAACAAUGAGGGCUCGAAAAUCUUUUAAAAGGGCAACAUAUUUGAACUGGAUUCCGUAUAACACCAUGGUGAUGAAGGUCAAAGGGGACGGCAGAACUUAUUUGUUAAGUAUUUCCACCCGAGGGUUCUAUGAUAUUACUUGGAAUGAUGUUUAUAAUUAUCAGUUGUAUACUAGAGGAGGGCCUUAUUGGCAAAUUGCUAAGAUUCCCUUUUCAAAAUUCUUUUUUUCGGCUAAGGGUCGAAUUCAAGACAAGCAAUUCCCCAUAACUUUGGAUAAAGUUGCCUCGUUUGGCAUCACUGCACAGGACAGACACGGCGGGGAUUUCAAACUGGAAAUCGAUUAUAUCGGGCUGGAGUACGACCCCAAGCAUGUCGAAGAGUUCGCUUAUGAAGAGUACAAAAUGGAAACCGGAAUUGUUGAUUGAGUUGUAAAUAAAUAAAACCUUGAAAUGUU